ACACAUUGUGUGUGUGAUGCUUCACGCUGCGGCCGUGUGAUGACGCCUGCGUCAGGAGGUCAUGACGUCAUCCCUCGUAAACUUGGGGUCCUCCCUUGGGUUUGAGUCCUCACACGCGUCGGUUUGUUCCCUUCGCCCAUGCAGUCGAUGUUUUCCGCUCGGUUCACGAUGUUGGGAGUUUGUAGAGCUGCAGCCCUUGUGUUCGCCCUCGCCUGCGGUGUUUUUCUGCCCUCAGAGGCGCAGACUCCAGCUCCAGCUCCGGUUCCUUGUGACUUGAAGUCCAACACCAGCUGUGCUGAAUGCCUGCAGAAUGUGACAUGUUUGUGGUGCGAGCCAUCCAAACUAUGCACGGACUACCCAGUAGGAAACAUCCUGCCCCCCAACAGUUUGUGUCCACUGAAUGCUGCACGGUGGGGGCUGUGCUGGGUUAACUUCCAGAUUCUGAUCAUCACCAUGUCAGUGCUGGCUGGCAUCAUCAUCAUUGCCAUUCUUGUUUGCUGCUUCUGCUGCUGCAAAUGUGAAAGAAUUGGAAACAAGAGAGAAGAUGCAAAGGUGGAGCGACAAACCCGUAUGAGGAAGGCCCGUCAGAAAGAGAGGAGAACAGAAAUGCAACUGAGACAUGAUGAAAUCAGACAGAAAUAUGGCCUGGCAAAGAAUAAUCCAUACGCCCGUAUGGACGAUCAUUAAGAAGCAUCUCAGUCAUCAUUCCUUAAAAAAAAUCCCUUAAGAGGAUCUUACUGAUGCCGUAACAUCAUAUACAUAAUGUAGCAUUUGAUAAACUGUGAUUGUCUAAUUGGCAUUGAGUGAGUUUGUGUUGUCACCAAAAUGCUCUGAAAUCAUUUUGUCUGGGUGUUCAAACAUGUUCUUGGCACCUAAUCUUUUCUUUUUUUCUUUUUGUUGCUCUCUGCUAGAUUAAUAUUUCCUCUGCUCACAAUUUUACUGAUGCUCAUUCAUGUAUAAUGUACAUUUAUUUUAUAUAAAACGCUCAUUUAUAACACCUAAUGCCUUUUACACCUUUUACUAUUUUUUGUGAUAAAUAUCAGAAUGACAAACUACAUGUAAGGUAUUUGAUUCAAAUUGUGUCCGUUUCAACAUUAAAUGUGUAAGAUUUUUA